AUGGCGAAAAAGAAAUCCGCAAAGUACGGAUACUACAAGCAAGCGGCUGGGCAAACAACCGAAGCAUUUCGCGCCGGACAAGACCAACUACUUGGACCAACUUCCAGUCUUUCACCCGAGGAAUGGCUGAAAUACAAUUUUCGUGUUUACUCUGUCGCAAAAGAGUAUGGGAUCUCCGAUCUGGAAGUUGAUGCAAAAACACAUAUAGAGAGUUGCUACAGAUCUGUUCCCCUCACCACCUUACUGGAACUCACAAAGGGGCAAAUGGAUCUCUUUAAAUAUGACAAGCUCUGGAUCUGCAAGAACAUGGCAAUUGCGUUGGACAAAGCGUACCAGGACGAUCGUUUGAUUUUUAGCAACGAGGAGUUCCUAAGCCAUAUUGGAAACUCCCCAGAAUUCGAUAGAUUGAUGAUUCAAGCUAUGGGUCAAAAUUACAUGGCCAACACUGGAGACACUGGAGACAAUGAUAGUUAUGCAGAUGGCUGGGCUGCCUUGGGGGCAUGA